AUGCCUUCUCGUGUCUUUCCAACCUUCCAACGCCUUCCUUCACCUCCUCUCCCUCUGCAACCUGUACCUUAUCCCGCAUCCCCUUUCACCAACCCCGCCAUCAUCCGCAUGUGUGCUUCCCUCCUCCAUUCCAUAUCUCCAUCUCCGUACUCCAUCAUUGUAUGCACCGCAACGGCAGUGCCCACUCCCUCCCAGUCUGGGGGCGGCUCAGCCAACGGCGCCAUUGCUGGCAUUGCUGUUGCCGAGAGUGUGGCUGCCCUCGUUCUGCUGCUGCUUCUGACAUGGCGGCUGUGCAAGGGAUGCCGCACCAAAGGGACAGCAGGAGGAGACAUUAAUGGCAUCGAUGUGGGCGAAAAGGAGCUCCCAAAAGAAAGUGCACUCCAAUGUAAGAAAGUGAAUGAGAUGGCUAGCAAGCACCACCCUAACCUGGUGCGCCUGUUGGGCUUCUGUGUGAAAUUUGACCCAGCUACAAGUCUCAUGGAGCAAGUACUCGUGUAUGAGUUCAUGGCAAACCGGGACCUGGAGAGCUGGAUUGGCCCAGAUGCCGUGCCAGUCUUCAAGGACCCUGACUUGGAUGCACCAGAUGACUUGGUGCUGCGCUGGGCUCGCCUUGCCCUCUCCUGCACCGCCAUGCCUGUGGCCUCCCGCCCCUCCAUGAAUCAAGUGCUAGGAGAGCUGGUGAAGUUGAAGCAGGAAGCCUUCGGAGCACAUGUGAGCGAGGCCAUAUCUCGCAUCGAUAAGGAGAUUGGGAGUUCCAUUGGCUCCUCUGGCUUCACUGCUGAAAUGGCCCGUGCAGAGCGCGAGGGCAUGCAGAGUGACUCCGCGGCCAGCAUGUCAUAG